AUGUCCCUGCAAAAGGGACACAUAUCUCCCGCUGGCGAGGUUUUCUCCAUCCGACAGACCGUCCACUCCUCCCAGUCUCCACCCCUCUAGACUGCGGGCAGGCAUGGCGGCUAUCGAGACACGGGAAUGCGAAACAGAAGGCUGUAGCAGCAAGGCCAAACUUCAAUGUCCAACCUGUAUCAAGCUCGGGAUCCAAGGCUCAUACUUUUGCUCUCAGGAGUGCUUCAAAGGGAGCUGGGCUACUCACAAGCAGAUGCACAAAAAAGCAAAGGAGGAUAAGAACCAGGAUGAGGCAAAGAACUGCGUGGAGAACGACACCAACACAGACCCAUGGCCUGGCUACCGCUACACGGGCAGACUACGCCCUCACUACCCACUCACUCCCAUGAGGCAUGUCCCCGGUAACAUCGAAAGACCUGACUAUGCCGACCAUCCACUAGCCGCAGAAGUGGGUCUUAUGGCAGGCAUGUCUGAGUCGGAGCAGUCUUUGAAGGGCACUUCACAGAUCAAGAUCCUUUCUGCCGAAGACAUAGAAGGCAUGACAGUUGUGUGUAAGCUGGCCCGAGAGGUGCUUGACAUCGCCGCCCUGAUGGUAAAACCUGGCAUGACCACGGAGGAGAUUGACUACACUGUGCAUCUGGCCUGCACAGCCAGAAACUGUUACCCCUCCCCUCUCAACUACUAUAACUUCCCCAAGUCCUGCUGCACAUCAGUCAACGAGGUCAUCUGCCACGGCAUCCCAGACAGGAGACCUCUGGUGGAUGGGGAUAUCCUCAACGUGGAUAUUACUGUGUACCACAAUGGUUUUCACGGAGACCUCAACGAGACCUUCUUCGUUGGGGAGGCAGAUGAAGGGGCAAAAAAACUUGUCCAGACCACCUUCGAAUGCCUUAUGCAAGCCAUCGACUCCGUGAAGCCAGGUAUCCGCUACAGGGAGCUUGGUAACAUCAUCCAGAAACAUGCCCAGGCAAACGGCUUCUCUGUGGUGCGGAGCUACUGUGGCCACGGCAUCCACAAACUGUUCCACACUGCUCCUAACGUGCCACACUAUGCCAAAAACAAAGCAGUCGGAGUGAUUAAGCCCGGCCAUGUAUUCACCAUCGAGCCCAUGAUCUGUGAAGGUGGUUGGCAGGAUGAGACGUGGCCUGAUGGUUGGACAGCAGUGACCCGGGACGGGAAGCGUUCGGCCCAGUUUGAGCACACCCUCCUGGUGACUGAGACGGGCUGUGACAUUCUGACGCGCCGGCUGGAUGACAACGGACGUCCCCACUUCCUGAACCAAAUCUAAACUGGGGGGGAACAGCAACAAAGGGACUGUCUCACGGGAUGCGUUCUCUUUUGCACCCCCGUCGUAUCACACACACACACACACAUCUAACCUGAGGCACCACACCCCCUGGAGGCCCGACCCGCCCGCCUGCCGUGGCGCAGCUCUCACUGUUCAACGAAUUUACUGUCCUUCUCCAAAAUGAACGGAAAGUACUUGAAUACAUUUGAUAUCAACUGUGUGGAUUUUUUAUCUAGGCUGUUUUAAAAAAAGAAAUGUCUCAUCAGGAGAUAAAAAGGACAAAUAAGGGAAGUGUUUUCAUGAAAUGUGGCUUAGCGCAGUUGCAGGUUGAAUUCUUACCUUGAUUGUUAGCUUGGAUUCUGUUGAUGUGUAUAACGGAAGAGGCAUGGAAGGGAUCAGGCUUUAGUUUGACCCCAUGACUUUUAGACAUGUGCUACCUUACUGUAUUGCUUAAUUGAUAGCAAGGCAGCCGUGCUCCUAUUGACCGGCCAGAUGUGGCCAGGGAAGGGGAGCUGUUCAGCUCACCUGUAGUUUUCUGCUAAGGUGUGUAGUCCAGGUCUAUUCAAAUCUGGGCCCUGAGGUCUGCAGCACUGCUGGUUUUUUUCUUUUCUCUGGGAGUGAACUAGUUUAGUAAUGUUUAAUAGAUUGACGUGAAUCCCUGACCUGGCAUCCCCUGGUCUGGUUUGAAUCGGGAUUGAAGUUGGCAGUGCUACGAACCCUGGGGUCUGGAUUGGACUUGUCCUGGUGCAGUGCGUUGAGCCUUAAUUUUUGUGAAUUAAGAAUGAGCAUGCUGGCUAAUGUCCAGGCAGCAUAUAUCCGUUAUUCCUCAGUCCAGUCAAUUGCUAUUUACCUUGGUAUGCUGUCGAUUUACUGGUGCGAGCAACAGUCUUGAGUCUCCAUUUUCAGUCUUUCCACAGUUUCUCUGCCACCUUUUUAUUUCUUCUAUGAUGGAGUGAUAAGCAGCUGUUGUGUAUGUUUUUGUUUUGUUUUGAGUGUGAGGACUGUAUAAAUGCCAAAGGCUCUAUUGCAGCAGAAGUUUGGGUUUACCACAGACCUGUGAGUUAAUACCUGAUUCCAGAAUACUGUAUUAAAAUAGUAAUCAUUUGAAGUAUUAAUUGUUUUACAUUAGCUGGUAGUUCUGCAUUUGUUUUUCUUUUAUUGUACUUCCCAUAAUGUGCACAUUAUGGCAAUCUGACUCUGCAAAUGCAAUUCAUCUCAUUCAUUAGACAAGAUUCUUACUCCCAAUGCUAUGCGUAAUUAGCCUGGCGACGAGGUUCAAAUGAAAUUGACCAGUAAGACAAUUCUUUGAUUUAUUGUAUUAAAUUCAAAUUGAUAAAUAAGGAGUGAAAUUCCUUUCCUAGAAUUUCAUGACAACACAAAUACUGCAAAGUAAGAAGGGGGAAAGUAUGGUAAGGAUUUCCAAUUUAUAACCUUGUGGAAACAUACUAAAUGGAAAGCUGACUUUAAUGUGAUUUCUUCUGCAAUGCCUUACCAUUUCCCAGCAUGCAUUAAACCGAAGCCUUCUGAACUGCUCAAAGGGCAGUGUAUGGGUCACAAACUCA